AUGCCAGAGACUAGUAUUCCUACAGAACUUUAUUCCUUAGUUUUUCGAUUUUUAAUAGACGCAGGACUUUUAAAGACAUCCGAAACUUUUAAAAAAGAAUACAAGUCAAUAAAAGAUUUAAAACAAGAAUAUGAUCUAGUUGAAGUUUUCAAGUCUUAUAAGUCCCUUGUAGCUGGUAAAAACAUUGAUGAAGAAGCAGAUUCUGAUACUUCUUCCUCUUCUUCGAGUUCUGGGAUUUAUCUUUUAAAGGAUGUAUCAUCAAGUGAAGACUCUACUGAUGAUGAUUCUUCAUCCUCAGAUAUAGAGACUUUUGACGAGAAGGUAAAAAACGAUUAUAAUAAAAUGGAAGAUAGUUCAAGUUCUUCGAGUGAAAACGAUAGCGAUUCAAGUGAAGAAGAAGAUGCUAUUAAUGAUCAAGAUACUACCGUAAGUCUUGGUAAAAAGACGAAAGAGUUAAAUAUAUCAGAUUCAAAUAGUUUAGAUGCAUCUUCCGAAGAAAGUGGAAAAGAACAAAACGUCAAAACGAAAAUCAAGGUAAAGGAUGAAUCAGACUCUUCCGAUGAAUCAUCUGACGAAAGUGAAAGUUCGUCAAGUGAAAGUGAAGAAGAAAAAAAUGAUAAAAUGGAAAUUGAUUCGGAUAAUGAUUCAGAUGGUGAAUCCGAUAAUGAUUCAUCUAGUAAUGAAGAAAGCGAGACUUCUAAUGCCGAUAAUACUCGACAUAACAUGAAAAAUGGUGGUCAAAUAAGUAGCAGGAGUAGUAAAUCAGAGAAUGAAACAAAUGGUGGUAUUAAAUAUAAAUCAUCAAUUAAAAAUAAUUCGAAGCGUAAAAUGAUGGAUGAAACAAGUUCUGAAUUAGAUAAGUUGGAGACAGCUAAUCAAAAUUGUUCACUACAUGAAAUUAAUGAAAAGAAUAUCGCUUCUGCUACUAAUGGGUUAAAACAUAACCUUGAUUCAUGUGAUGAAACUAUACAACCUUCGAAGAAACUAAAUUCGAGUGAUUUAAGUACCACGCCUAUAACGUAUGUCACUACUAGUAUUCACUUUCAACCGAUAUCAGUUCAAAAAAAUCAGAGGAAAAUUAAUAAAACAAAUCAAGUAGAAGAUAAAAGCAAUAACAACGGUUUGACAAAUAAUCGUAGAAUAAAUCCAGAUGAAGUAGAAUUUCUAGACGAACGAUUAAAAGACAAUAGUUUUAUGGCUAAGGGUGGCGCGGUUGGGUCCUAUGGUUUUAAGGCUCAUAAUGAUUUAAUCGUUACUCGAGGUAAAGACUUUCGUGCACAAAAAACUAAAAAGAAAAGAGGUUCAUAUCGUGGAGGAAAAAUUGAUUUAGAGUCUCACUCUAUCAAAUUUGUUGAAUAA